AUGGAUAAAGGCUAGUCGUGGGUCCACAAAAUCAAACGAAUGGUACUGAACUGAUAACAAAAUCAUGUUUCGAAAUUGUAGAAGCUAUUUAUGCUUUUUUUGUUGUUGUUGCUUAAUGACAUUGCGAAUAUCAUAAUUUUUGACUACCGGUAUGUAUUUAAUCCGGUUUCGGCAUGAGAAAAGUAUUAAUCGCAAAUUCCAGCACUAACGGAUACCGGGAAAUAAAUAAGUAUUAAUCGCAAAUUCCAACACUAACGGAUACCGGGGAAUAAAUAAGAGAACCGGUCACGAAUGCGGAGCCACGCCCUAAAAUAACAUGUGACCACAAGGCGUUUGUGACACAUUCAUGCGUUCCAAUAUUGUCAUAAUUGUCUGUAGGUUCUAAAUUGCUUAUGAGCUUGGCUGCCCUUCAGAAAGUAGCUGAUUCUUGUACUCUACAGCUGUAUUUUCCUACAGUUAAUAAUAAUACUAGCAACAAAACAGAUUUCAUUCCUUAAAAUGAUAUUGCCAGAUGGAAGAAAAUAAUAAGAGCCUUGUCCCAGUCUCUAGACCUGCCUGUCUGUGUGAUGGAUGACCACCUGACCUCUGAAGCUGUCAAUGAGAUGGAGCAGAGCAAUUCUACCAGGAGCAGAGCAACCUCAGUGAUGGAAACCACAGAAGAGGGGAAGCUCAACAAUGUGGAACAUCUGACACUUAUGGACUUCCUUCAAAACCUAACUGAGAAGCAAUGGAGGGGGAUUCGUGAGGGCAUGUUUGACCCGCUGACAAAACAACAGCUUGCCGGCUUGUGUCUGAGGAUUGUCCAGUUUUUAUCGGACAAGCUGAUGCAGAUCAUCAUCCCAGGUCUUUACGAACUACUGGGCAUCCAAGAUGCUGCCUCCUCUCCAUUGUCACAGAGAUCUCUCACAGCGUCACUCACCAGUCUGUUAGACGAUAAGACUAACACCAAGUCCCGCGUGAGAUUUACUGAGGCUGGUGUACCUAAGAGGCCAGGCAGUCGAAAGUCUUACAAUAGCUUUCGCAUCCCGACUCCCUACCCUUCCUCCAACUGUAUGGAGCAGGAAGAGGAAGAAGAGCAGGAAUCACAACUUAAGUUCAAGGAGAUUUACCUGACUAAGGGCAGUGGAAGCUACCUGCCCAAUGGGGCCAUGAGGUAUGUUCUUAAAGGGAAAUUUAACAACUUCAUAUUCAUCUCCAGCAUCACCAUAUGUGAAAAUUACACAUUUCCAUGCUUUGUAGUAAAAAAAAUAUAGAGGGACGUAACUGUUUCCAAUAGUGCUGAGAAAUUAGUGCUUUUUGAGGUUGGUUUGGUUUCGAUUCAAAUAUUU